CCCUUCCCCGCCGCCUCUGCCCUCACUCCGAGGAGACGCGCCGCCGUGUCUCUCAGCCUCGCGAGCCGCGCGCCACAGAAGCAGGGAGCGGCGCCUCGAAGGCUGCGCGGCGCAGCCCGGAGCUGUCCAAACUUCGCGGGACUUUGCCUCGCCUGCCUGCCAUGCCCUUCGCGAAGCCCGCCUGGGCUCUCUCGCGGCGCGGCGGCGCCUCGCCACAGCCAGCGCCGGGCGACGCGCGACGGGGGCGCACGGAGUCGCCCGCCGCCCCUCGGUGAAGCCCCCCUCUCACUUGCCGCUGCGCUCUUCCUUCGGGCGCCCCGCUCUCUUUCCCUUCCGAGGGGGGCCGGGCUGCGCGCGCUCCGCUUGGGAACGGGACGCCGCCCCUCCGAAAGGACGACGCCUAGGCGCGAAAAGAAAGAGCCGGAGGGCAGAGGCAUUGAAGCGCGCGCUCUAGACGGCGCCGCUUCGAGGCUGAGCGAGGAGGAGGAGGACCCCGCCCUUCCCCGGCGCGCACCUCGGGGCUGCUGAGGUGCCGCGCGAGCCGCCCGUCCUCCCCCGCUCGCCGUCUCCGCCCUCCCCCGCGCCCGCCCCCCGAGCCAUGAACUUUGGCCGGGGGGGCCCGUCGGUGGUGGUGUUGAACGUGGGGGGCACCCGCUACUCGUUCUCCCGGGAGGUGCUGAAGGACUUCCCCCUGCGCCGCCUGAGCCGCCUGCACGGCUGCCUGUCGGAGCAGGACGUGCUGGAGGUCUGCGACGACUACGACCGCGAGCGCAACGAGUACUUCUUCGACCGCCACUCGGAAGCCUUCGGCUUCAUCAUGCUCUACGUGCGCUACGGCCACCUGCGCUUCGUGCCCCACAUGUGCGAGCUCUCCUUCUACAACGAGAUGAUCUACUGGGGCCUCGAGGCGUCGCACCUCGACUACUGCUGCCAGCGCCGCCUCGACGACCGCAUGUCCGACACCUACACCUCCUACUCGGCCGACGACCUGCAGGCCGCCGAGCCCGCCGCCGGGGCGGCCUGGGGCAGCAGCGGCAGCACCACCGCCAGCAGCAGCCGAGGCGGCGCCGGCGCCGAAGCCGAGGAGGGCAGCGACCGCGCAGCGCCCCCGCCCGGCGCCGAGAAGAAGUGGCUGGAGAGGAUGAGGAGGACUUUCGAGGAGCCCACCUCUUCCUUGGCCGCGCAGAUCCUGGCCACCGUCUCCAUCCUCUUCGUCAUCGUCUCCAUGGUGGUGCUCUGCGCCAGCACCAUGCCCGAGUGGCGGGCGGCCGAGAACCGAAGCAUGGAGGAGCAAAGCAGGUACACAGCAGACUCACUCAGGGAGCCUUCAGGGAUAAUUGAAGCAGUCUGCAUAGGCUGGUUCACUGCAGAGUGCAUUGUGAGGUUCAUCGUCUCCAAAAACAAGUGUGAGUUUGUCAAGAGACCCCUGAACAUCAUCGACUUGCUGGCAAUAACUCCCUACUACAUCUCUGUGCUGAUGACCGUUUUUACAGGGGAGAAUUCUCAGCUCCAGAGGGCUGGAGUCACCUUGAGGGUCCUGAGAAUGAUGAGGAUUUUUUGGGUGAUUAAGCUCGCCCGCCACUUCAUUGGCCUUCAGACACUUGGCCUGACCCUCAAGCGAUGCUAUAGGGAGAUGGUGAUGCUGCUUGUCUUCGUCUGCGUUGCUAUGGCGAUUUUCAGCGCACUCGCCCAGCUCCUUGAACACGGGCUGAAAUUAGGGAAGCCCAACGAAGGCUAUGCCAGCAUCCCGGCUGCUUGUUGGUGGGUGAUCAUCUCUAUGACCACGGUUGGUUAUGGCGACGUAUGCCCUGUCACCGUACCCGGAAGGAUUCUUGGAGGGAUUUGUGUGGUCAGCGGGAUUGUGUUGCUGGCCCUGCCUAUCACUUUCAUCUACCACAGCUUUGUGCAGUGUUACCAUGAGCUCAAGUUCCGGUCUGCUAGGUACAGCAGGAGCCUCUCUGCCGAAUUCCUAAAUUAAUGGAUAGCACAACUGCAUUUCGUAGCAGCACUGAUUAUGUUGAAGGAAUCGACCGGACCCUCCUUGUUUCUUCCCUGUUCCUGGUGACUGACAGGAGGGGCAAUGCCCUAUGCCCUUAAAGGAAUGCUUUCCCUCUCUCCACCUGCAGGGUGACCACUUUCUCAAUGCAGGGAUGAAAGCAAAGCACUCAUUUCCUUCGUCUCAUCGCACACGAGUGUCUCCAGCUUGUUGGACAUUGCAGGCGGUAUGCACUAUUUAGAGUGAAGCACAUGCAUUUAAAAUAUGUCUUUGAUUUUGAUGUUCUCAUUCAUUUCAAGGUCUGUUUUCAGGAGCACACACAGUCCAGAGACUCAAGUGAUCAAGCUCGGUGCACCCAGAGUGGGUGGGUGGUAUUUCUUUAUUUUUUAAAAAACAACAGCCUUUUGCAUCAUAUGGCUAGCCGCUGUUGAACUUGGCUGUGGGUGCUGCAAAAGCCAUUUGUGAUUCGGUUUGGGGUGAGAAGGUUCUUCUUUGCAGGGGGAGAAGGUUAGCAGUCUUAGCAGUCUCCUGAACAAUGCACUGGGCAUCUCAGUGAAGCUUUCCAUGUUGUGCUGUAAGUUGUGAUGACUGGGAUCCUGCCAUCAUCUCCCUUUAUUGGAGGUUUUUCCAGCAGCCUCUUUGACCAGAGACAAUAGUGGAUAAAGAAAUGGAGAAUGUCAAUCUGGUGCCUUCCAAAUUCUGUCAGUCUCUCAAUUCCCAGCAAUUCUUGCUAGCUUGGGCAAUAAUGAAGGAUGGUGGGAAUUGUAAUGCAACGACAUCUGGAAGGCAAUUGGUUGAAGAAGGCUGAUAUGAGAAAUUAUUUCUCUGCCCUACUGCUUCCUGCUCUGGGAGCCAGUGUGGUGUAGUGGUUAAGAGCGGUACUCUUGUAAUCUGGUGAACCGAGUUCGCUUCCCUGCUC